UGGCCGCUUCACAAAUCACAACGCUCCAGAGGAUCAGAGGCUUCCACAGACACCGAGACACAGAACCUCAGAGCUUCAGCAGAUCCACAACUUUCUCUUCGGUUAUUUACUGGGGGCAUUAAAGGGAAUUAAGGACUGAACUUUUCUCACUAUGGGAGUUCACGGACUUUACAGAUACAUCGAGAGCGACGGUGAUUUCCUGAAGCCGCGCUGCUUUAGAGAAAGCAAACUCAUCAUUGAUGGAUCCAAUUUGUACUACAAUCUGUACUUCAGGUCACAUCUGGACCAAGUACACGGUGGCGAUUACGAUGACUUUGAGAAAAUCGUUACGCUGUUUUUCAGAAAUCUCAGAAUGUGUGAUAUUGAGCCCUACGUGGUGCUCGAUGGAGGGGCCGACGUCAGUGACAAAAAAUUUGAAACCCACAAGUCAAGCUGCAGCGAUAAGAUCAGAAGAGCCAAUUCCUUGUCCAGGGGCCAUUCAGGAGAUAUAAUACCCAUUCUGACCAAACAUGUCUUCAAGCAGAUCCUCCAAAAACUGGGAAUUCCCUUUAUUCAGUGUCUGGCAGAGGCGGAUUGGGAAGCAGCCGCGUUGGCCAGCGAGUGGAACUGUCCUGUUCUGUCCAACGACAGCGAUUUCUACAUCUUCAACAUUAAGAGUGGAGUUUUGCCCAUUGCUCAUUUCCAGUGGAGGAAAGUGGGAAAGCUAAGAAACAACAGUAAAAAUUUCAUCCCUACCAAGUCAUACCGUGUUCAAAAUCUCUGUGCUGCGUUUAACCGCAUGAAUAAAUAUAAUCUUUCACUUUUUGCCGUCAUUCUGGGAAACGACUACACCAAACUGGACAAUAGUGCAUUUCCAAACUUCUCAAAGUUCUCAAGUAAACCUGGAGCAACAGCCCAGGUCGAUGGCGUACUCAUGUGGUUGUCACAGUUCCCCGGGCCGAAAGAAGCCAUCGCUGCUCUCCUCAGCCCCAUGGGAAAGAACAAGAAAUCAGACAGCAUACGAAAAGAAAUAAAUAAGGGGAUGGCAGAGUACAGACUCCAUCCCAGCUCCAUUGGUCAGUUCUUCAUGAGCGGAGAACCUCAGAGCGUUCCUCCAGGCCUUUUACAGAAUCUUCCAGGCUGGGCUCUAAAACCUCUGGCAGAAGGCAAGCUGGCUUCCACCAUCAUUGAUGUCGUGACACUGCAGAGGGUCAUGCUGAACCCCCAGGUGGAGAACUUUGAGCUGAGCAGCAGCAGCGAUACGUCUCGUCUGAUACGACAGGUGAUGUACGGCAUACUGCUGUGUACCAGGUGGCAGAAGGUGGAGAAAAACAGCAGGUCUACUGGAGACGAACAGCAGACCGACGUGGAGGAGUACAGCAGACAGGGGAUGACGCUGACCAGCUCCAUGGUUCCAGCUGUUCUACCCAGAGGUGUAGUGACACACCUUCACCUGGACUCACUGUGGGAGGAACCAGAGCAUUUAAGGCUGCAGAUCCUGUUGGAUGCUCUCUGUGUGUCUCCAUUGUUGAAUUCUCUCCUCAUCCCCUCCAGUCUUCAGCUUGCCGUCUAUGCCACAGGUUUCUGGUUAAAUCACGCGCAGCCCGAGCCGAAGGCUGAAAUGUUCUGGGCUUUACUCAUCGGAUUGGUGUACGGUUACCUGUGCAGAAAACAUCAGACCACUACAGAGGCCAGCACAGUGAUCUCCAGGCUUAAGAACCUGCAGGAGCGUAAAGGUCAGAAUCUGCUGGAUCUGGACUUAGCUCACGCUUUGUGUCAGUGGCAGUCCUGUCUAAAGGACAGCUUCAAUCUGAACCAGCUGCUGAAUCAUCCGGUGCCGGAGCCGGAGUUAGCGAGCCUGUACAGCGGUUCUCUAGUCCACGCCGUCGCUCAGGAGCUGAUGAGGGGCGUCGAACCCGAAACCCUUCUCACCGGAGCCUCGUUUGCCGUGGAGCUUUACCGCAAUCUACAGGCCAUGCUGGAGUGCGAGCUGGACGACCAGUACAUCAUGAGAAUAAGGACGAGGACAGGGCCGAGAGGGCAGAGAGCGCGGUGCGACCCAGACAAGGAACUCAGGAAAAUGUUCCAACAUUUGAUGCCCGAUGAAGAGAAAGAUGAGGAGAAAGAUGACGGGUGUGACAUGUUCUACGAGGAAACCUGCAGAGCUCGCACCAGACACAUAAGCAGAGCUCACACGGUCGACCCGAGGGCCAAGAAGUACGAACGUGUGAAGUGGCGUUAGACACGACCGAGUCCGACAGAACCGAUCAGACACUGAGGGUGGAGUCACUUUAACCUAAUGAUAAAGGAAAUGAUUCACAGCACAUCAUGUUCGAAUGAUUCUGAUGUUAAUCACUAAACUCGCCUGAUUCUACACAACAAAAUCCAAUUUUAUUCUGAUGUUUACAUGUCGUUUUCACGCCGAGGCUCAGAGCUCAUUUUCCCUCAUGUUUUUAACACCAGUGUAACACUAACCUGCCUCCUUUCUUCAGUCUUUCACUUCUGUUACAUGCAGAAGGAUCAGAUCUCACCGAGACCAAGACUCUGAAAUAUUUAUAAAUCUAAUCUCAGAUCUGAGGAUGUUUAUUUAUUUAUAAAGUGUUCAAAUAAACAGAAGAUGAAUAAACACCCAGACAGGUAUUAUUAUUAUUAUUAUUAUUAUUAUUAUUAUUAUUAUUAUUAUUAUUAUUAUUAUUAUUAUUAUUAUUAUUAUUACUAUUAGGGGUCAAUCCCCGGGGCGUAGACACUUAUUGUUAUCGUUAGUUUUCUUCUUAUUAUUAUUAUUCUUUCCCCAUUGAAGUCAAUGGCAGCCCAUAGAACCGUACGUAGGAGAGUUAUGAAAUUUGGCACACAUGUAGACGCCAGUCUUAUAAGUUACUAUAGCAACUUUGGUGUGUCUAGCUCAAACCCUCUAGCUUCACCAGUCCAAACAAUUUGGGGGCAGGUUGGCACACAAUAUGUCUUGGGUGUUAAUAUCAGAACCAGAAUCAGAAUCAGCACCACAGUGACACACACACACACACACACACACACACACACACACACACACACACACACACACACACACACACACACACACACACAGACA